CGUCCUAGAGGAUUCGGGUGGGUGCGCGCAGGUGGUCACAGAGGUUCCAGAUCUUCAGCGUGCGGUGCCGCAGGUGUUCGGGUCGGGUCCAGGGCCGCAGAUUGUGGGGUUAGUGAUAUGCUUUCCUAAACAGCAGGAAAGUUGAAGAUGUCUAAACACUUAGUGGCCUUGACAGUGACCACCCUUCUUGGUGUGGCUGUCGGAGGGUUUGUCCUAUGGAAGGGCUUCCAGCGCCGGAGGAGUAAAUCGAGCCUGGUGACCCGGCGGCGGCUGUCGCAGCAGCAGCAAGUGCCAGGCGGGAGAGAGCUGCCCGCUCCAGGAGAGGACCAGCCGCACUCCAUUGCCCCCAGAGCCUCAUGGGAAGAGAGGAUCCUCGGAGCAAAGGUGAUGACUGUGUCUCAGGAGGCAGAGUGGGAUCAAAUUGAGCCCUCACUUAGGAGUGAGAUAGAAGAUUUUCCAGUGCUUGGAAUCGACUGUGAGUGGGUAAAUUCGGAAGGCAAAGCCAGUCCUCUGUCACUCCUUCAGAUGGCCUCUCCAAGUGGCUUCUGUGUUUUGGUUCGCUUGCCCAAGCUGAUCUGUGGAGGAAAAACACUACCAAAAACAUUAUUGGACCUUUUGGCAGACGGCACAAUUUUAAAAGUCGGAGUAGGGUGUUCAGAAGACGCCAGCAAGCUUCUGCAGGAUUAUGGCCUCAUCGUUAAGGGGUGCCUGGACCUCCGAUACCUAGCCAUGAGGCAGAGAAACAAUUUGCUCUCUAAUGGGCUUAGCCUGAAAUCACUCUCUGAGACUGUUUUGAACUUUCCUCUUGACAAGUCCCUUCUGCUUCGCUGCAGCAACUGGGAUGCUGAGAAUCUUUCUGAGGACCAGGUAAUUUAUGCUGCCAGGGAUGCCCAGAUUUCAGUGGCUCUCUUUCUCCAUCUUCUUGGAUACCCUUUCUCUAGGAAUUCGACUCUAGAAGAAAACGAUGACCACACUGUCUGGAGAAAAAUCUUAGAGAAAUGUCAGGAUGUGGUAGAUAUCCCAUUCCGAAGCAAAGGGCUUAGCCGAUCAGGAGAAGAGGUUAAUGGGGAAGCAACAGAAUCUCAGCAGAAGACAAGAAAUAAGAAGUCCAAAGCUGAUGGAACGAUGCCAGGCAACCACCAAGGGAGAGACCCCAGAAAACAUAAAAGAAAGCCCCUGGGAGUGGGCUAUUCUGCCAGAAAAUCACCUCUCUACGAUAACUGCUUUCUCCACGCUCCUGAUGGACAGCCCCUCUGCACUUGUGAUAGAAGAAAGGCUCAGUGGUACCUGGACAAAGGCAUCGGAGAGCUGGUGAGUGAAGAGCCUUUUGUGGUCAAGCUGCAGUUUGAACCUGCGGGCAGACCCGAAUCCCCAGGAGACUACUACUUGAUGGUUAAAGAGAACCUGUGUGUGGUGUGUGGCAAGAAAGACUCGUACAUUCGGAAGAACGUGAUCCCGCACGAGUACCGGAAGCACUUCCCCAUCGAGAUGAAGGACCACAACUCCCACGAUGUUCUGCUGCUCUGCACCUCCUGCCACGCCAUCUCCAACUACUACGACAACCACCUGAAGCAGCAGCUGGCCAGGGAGUUCCAGGCCCCCAUUGGCUCCGAGGAGGGCUUGCGCCUGCUGGAGGAUCCUGAGCGCCGGCAGGUGCGUUCGGGGGCCAGGGCCCUGCUCAACGCCGAGAGCCUGCCUGCGCACCGGAAGGAGGAGCUGCUGCAGGCGCUGCGAGAGUUUUAUCGCACAGACACGGUCACGGAGGAGAUGCUUCAGGAGGCAGCCAGCCUGGAGACCAGAAGGAAAUCUUCCGGUCAGCACCGAACAGUGUGUGGUUUUGCAUCUUUUCCCGUAUCCAGGAUUUCCAAUGAAAACUACGUUCCUCACGGGCUGAAGGUGGUGCAGCGCCACACCCAGGGCGGGCUGCGCUCCCUCAUGCAGCUGGAGAGCCGCUGGCGGCAGCACUUCCUGGACUCCAUGCAGCCCAGGCACCUGCCCCAGCAGUGGUCGGUGGACCACAACCAUCAGAAGCUGCUCCGGAAAUAUGGGGAGGACCUUCCCAUCAAGCUGUCGUGAUCGCUGCCUCCCUUCUGGGUUAGGACGCCUGGGAAGCUGGAGUCGGGGGGGGCGGUGCCAAGUCACCUCUUCCUGUUUUAAUGUCAUUGUCAGAUUCUGGUGACACAACUCACAAUACUAACCCGUCGUGAUCAUCCCAGGAUGCUUCUGGUGGAGCAAGGCUGUGCUUUCAGGGGUGCUCCUGGUUUUAAAUUUCAGCUGGGCAGAGUGAGAAUUCUCUAUUCCGCCUUUUUCUGGACAAAUGGGAACCUUGGCCUUCAUAUUUUUCCCCUCUCCCUAUAAUGCUUUCCCUAUACAGGCGACACAUGAAGGAUUCUUCCUGAAGUGUCUUGUUAAGACUCUCAAGUUUUUAAUAUUUUUUCUUUCCUGUCCAGCGUGUUGGUUUAUCUCAAACAGGACCUGUCAAGUAUUUCAAUCCCACCCGGGUAGGAGGGAGAAAAAAAUAAAACGUUCUUCUAGAGGUUGGAGAGAUGGAAAGGGGUUGGAUUCAUAUUCCCAGUUCAGCCUCAUGAUUAGAAGUUCUUUGGCUUGAUGCUAUGCUGGAGCUCACCUGGAUGGGGACCUGGCCCAGCUGGGCUGCUUCGGUUUAUUACACAUCCUUGAAAAUGCUCCCCUUUACUCGUUCAGGACCAAGGCAGUACCUUCCUGCCAUGUGUUUUCACCCUAGCACUGGAGGGGAUUCUUUUCUGGAAAGAGGCCUGGGUGGGGCCACAGAGAAGCACAAGCACCGUCUCCCUAGAGAACUGGGAUGAUUUGCUCAGCUUUUGGCUGUUUGUUGCAAUCCUCCUGCUCAGAACGUCAAGGUUUUUGGCUAAUCCCUUUCUGAGAGGAAGAUUAUCUUUUCUCAGAAUCAGUAUCUGGUCCCUUCAGUGUUCUGUGUUCUAUCAGAUUUGCAAUACUGACCUCUUUUAAGCUCUUUAAUUCUCUCCAAGAGCCAUUUGGUCAGGUUGCAGUGAGAGGAUUUCUCCAUCUCCCAUCUUGCCUGGGACACUGGGAUUAAUCCAUUUUGAUGUUCAAAACGGUGGUGUUUCUCAUCUUUCUAAAUGUGAGGCCACCACUUUUAGCAUGAAAUCAACUUAUUAGUGAUUAGUAUCUUUUUUAAAGUAUAACGAAAACUUUCUUACCUUACAAGAUUUUAACAAGCUUUAAAAAAAAAAAUUUAUGGCCAGAAUUCAACAGGAACUCUGUUUUGGAACUGUGCCUGAGUUGGUGAUAGCUGCUCUAACAUUGAUAAGUAAACAACUUCUAAGCACAAAGUUCACGAAUUGUAAAUGUAAAACUUUUUGCUUUAUAACUUUGUAAAAUCAGUGAAUACUCUUGGGGAGGGAGAUCUUUAUCCUAUAGGUCCCUGCCGUGUGGCAGCCCAUGGUGUGUGCUAAGUCGCUUCAGUCGUGUCCGACUCUGUGCGACCCUAUGGACUGUAGCCUGCCAGGCACCUCUGACUGUGGGAUUCCAAGCAAGAAUGCUUGAGUGAGUUGGCAUUCCUUUCCAGGGGAUCUUCCCCACCCAGGAAUUGAACCCACAUCUCCUAUGUCUACCCUGCAUUGGCAUGCAGGUUCUUUACCACUAACGCCACGUGGGAGGCCCAUGGUAUGUAUGCACCGACUCCCCUACCCCAUCCCACCCCACCCCAC